AUGGCGAGAAAAGAUCUUAUAACGGGCGGUUUGCUUAUUUACAGUGUCUGGAUUGUUGGAUUUAGAUGUAAUUCGAUAGAUAUUGGGGAUGAAGGAAUUGGACUGACUGUGAAACAUGGAAGCGAUGGAUUUACACAUCUUGAUGUAUCAAACUUGGAGUCUCAGAGCAAAUUAGGUACCAUUUCAUUAAAGUUAAUGGAUAAUUCCAACAGUAAUGGCCAUAUGUCUGGAAAUGUGAAUGAAAAUCUUUUGAAUAUUUUUCAGUCAAAUUCCAAACCAGCGUCAACGAAAAUUAUUCGCAAAACUGUAGUGAAAUCGAGUAAAGUUCCACCAGGUAAUGAAGUGUACAGAUUUCCCAAUGGUGGUGGAUAUUUAAACAGAGGAUUCAAUGGCCUCAAUUCUAGAACAAGAGCUCGAACAAACACAUUGCAUAUUCGGAACAACAGAAUAGCUCAAAGAACGUCACAAUCUAAUCAAGCGCCCAGGCUAACACGAACGAUGAUACAGAAUUCGAGGACCAGCUCAAAUGUGUCACAGAGAAACGUUCCACAAAGAAAUCUUUCACAUAGAGUGUCAAACAUGUUUGUAAACAAUAAGCUAACAAAAAACAGAAAAGAACAAAUAUUAUCCAAAAAAGUGACUACCAAUACUCGAAAUGAUUCGUAUAAGCCUAUUUAUGGUGCCGUAAAAUCAAUUACUUCAAAUAAGACCUUCAAAUACAAUCAGCAUCAACAAAAGCACAAUUUACCAUUUCCUACUCAAAUAUCUCAAUAUACAACUAACAACCAGUACCGUACUAUUAACUAUUUCACCAACAACUGGAUCAAAAUAACAGUCCAUAAUAUUCAUCUAUUACGUAAUCCUAACGUAAAGAUUAUUAAAGUUGGUGAAAAUAUCUACGUGAAGGCGAAAACGCCAGCGGAAAAGGCCAAGCCAACCAAUAAUAGCAACAGAGUACCGAUUCAACCCAAGUCUAUGCCAACACCAACAAUCAACCGGAAAAUACCUCCGAAACAAAACAAAAUCAUCUCCAGGAAAAUGAAUAAUCUAGACAUCAUACCGAAAUUGGACCCAGUAAAGAAUGUCGUGAAAAAGCCUCACCCUAGAGUGAAACCCUCAAAAAUCUCUACCAAAAUAGUGUCUACAAAAACGAACAGAUACAUCCCCAGAAAAGUAAACAACUCAGUAAAGAUUCUUAAAAAGACCCAAAAAACAAGAGAACCUCGGAAGAUCACGGUAAAUACCGUUACUAACCCAGUCAAGAGCUUCUUCAUCCGAACUCCAUCGGGAAAGUUGAUAAAAGUGAAAACAACCGGCAAAACAACACACAAUAGGCAAGCAUCCAUACCCAAUGAGAAAACUAACACAUCAACCAAUAGCAGAAGAAAGAAUGUCGUACCAUCAGUCAAGUCCAUGCUAGUAGUUCUUAGUGAAUAG